GACAUAGGGUUACAUCCAUCUAUACCAUCCAUUUAUGAAGACCAUACAAGUUAUAUGUACCCUCACCUCUCUCUCCCCCAAUUAAUAUCUCAAAGUCCAAAUCCUUGGACCCUCACAAACUUUUUCCUACAAAGACCUUCCCCGUAAACUUCCGUCUACACUGUCAUAAUUUGCGAGGCAUGUGCCUUCAACAACCAACGUCCAUGAUGCAGUAUUCUUACAAGCAUGAGGGCAAAAUUGUUAUUGUCUUUCAUACUAAGGUCAUUUUAAAUAAAUUGAUGGCCCAAUCCCUGGCCAGAAGGACUUUUUUUAGCGUUCGAAAGUUGAAACUUCAAAGUGAAGAAGAUGCAAUUCCAGCAGAGGCAGGUUAAAAAAAAAAAAACCAGAAUUCCAUUUAUGCCCUAACCAUCAAAUUCAGUACAAUUUGCCCUUGCUUGGUUUUGUGUUAGAGAAAAUGGGAGAAAUUAUGCCUUAGGUUUGAAGAAUUCAAGCUAGAAAGGAGUUUUUCAUGGCAAAAACUGACAGUUUGAACUCUAUUUCGCUGGUUUUGGCUCGUUAUGCAACCGCAAAAAAUGGCUUCAAUGAUGCAGAAGUUGAUCCAAACCGUUGCUCACUUGAGAAAUUCAAGCUUUAUGAGACCAGAGCUAGGUUCUAUCUUAUAGGGAGUGAUCGCUUUAAGAGGUUCUUUCGAGUUCUCAAGAUUGACAGGUCAGAACCAUCUGAUCUCAACAUCAGUGAAGACCCUGUAGUUUACACCCCAUUGGAAGUCAAGAAUUUACUUCAACGUAUAAGUGAGGGCAAUCGUUCCACUGGUGGACUCAUUUUUGUGGCUGAAGUCUUUGGAAUUGCAGGUUGUAUACGGUUUUUGGAAUCAUAUUAUCUUAUUUUAGUGACAAAGCGUCGACAAAUAGGAAGUGUUUGUGGACAUGCCAUUUAUAGCAUUGAGGAGAGCCAGAUGAUUACAAUUCCACAUUCAUCUGUUCAGAGUGAUAUAGCAACAUCUAAGAAUGAGCUAAGCAGGUACAAGAAGCUCCUGUCUAGUGUUGAUCUUACAAAAGAUUUCUUUUAUAGCUACACAUACCCAAUUAUGCAAACUUUGCAAAAGAAUGUCCUGUCAACUGGUGAGGACAGGAUGCCUUAUGAGAACAUAUUUGUGUGGAAUGCAUUUCUUACUCUGCCAAUUAGACAAAGGUGCAGUAAUACACGGUGGACAAUUGCUUUAGUUCAUGGACACUUUAAGCAGGUCAGGUUGUCCAUAUUUGGGCGGGAAUUCAGUGUUUGUCUUGUUUCUAGACGCUCUCGACAUUUUGCAGGAACACGAUAUUUGAAACGGGGUGUAAAUGAUCGGGGCAGAGUUGCAAAUGAUGUUGAGACAGAACAGAUAGUCCUUGAUGAGGAAGCUGGGUCAUGCAAGGGUAAAAUGAGCUCUGUAGUUCAGAUGAGAGGUUCUAUACCCCUUUUCUGGUCACAGGAAGCAUCCCGAUUUAGUCCAAAACCAGACAUAAUUUUGCAAAGGUAUGAUCCAACUUACCAGGCUACUAAGUUGCAUUUUGAGGAUCUUGCUAGAAGAUACGGCAACCCAAUUAUUGUACUAAACUUAAUUAAGACAGUUGAGAAAAGGCCUCGAGAAAUGAUGCUACGGCGGGAGUUUGCAAAUGCAGUUGGGUAUCUAAACCAGAUCAUUUCAGAAGAAAAUCAGUUGAAAUUUAUUCACUGGGACUUCCAUAAGUUUGCAAAGAGCAAGUCUGCCAAUGUUUUGGCUGUCCUGGGUGCUGUAGCCAGUGAGGCACUUGAUUUAACUGGAUUCUACUAUAGCGGAAAGCCUGCUGUAGUUAAAAAGAGAGCAAACCAACUUAGUCGAACAAGUACUGCAAGAGAUAGUUCCUUAGGAGAUUUCAGAACGGGUUCGGUUGAUCUUGUCAAAAUAGGCAAUAGCAAUGAACCUUUAAACACAAUGAAUACUAGGGACAAAGACAACGAGGUUUCUCAAAACACAAGAAAAAACAAUGGUUCCAGGAAUGCACCUCGAUUCCAGAGUGGAGUUCUGCGUACAAACUGCAUUGACUGCUUAGAUCGCACAAAUGUUGCACAGUAUGCCUAUGGCCUUGCUGCCUUGGGUCGCCAACUACAUGCAAUGGGUUUGACAGGUGUUCCCAAAGUGGAUCCCGAUAGUAGCAUUGCUGCUGCUCUUAUGGACAUGUACCAGGGCAUGGGUGAUGCUCUUGCUCAGCAAUAUGGUGGCUCUGCAGCUCAUAACACUGUUUUCCCUGAGAGGCAGGGUAAAUGGAAAGCUACUACUCAAUCCCGUGAAUUUCUGAAGUCCAUAAAGCGCUACUAUAGCAAUGCCUACACAGAUGGGGAAAAACAAGAUGCCAUAAACCUGUUCUUGGGUUAUUUUCAACCUCAAGAAGGAAAACCAGCUCUUUGGGAUUUGGACUCUGAUUAUUACCUCCAUGUGUGUGGAGUUCCAGAUGAGACAGUUCCUGUUAACAGUUCAUCAAUUGACGCUGCAACAAUGGCAGGUGGCAAGAGCAAUCUUGCACCUAUACCUGCUUGCAGAGAGGACUUCUCUCUUAUGAAAUUGACAUCGUUUGACAAACUUAUUGAGAGGACAUGUAGCUCGAUAAAAAAUGUGCGGCUUUGUAGUGAACCUGAUCAGAGAACUGCUCCUGGAUCAGGCAACUUUGGAGUGGCACCUGAUGCAGCUGAAAUACAGCUUAAAAGCCCAAAUUGGCUGUUUGGCCAGCGAAAAGUGGAGGAAAACGGUCCUGCUCAGAAACAUUUUGCACGGGGUGGGAAGUCUCAAGAGGAGAUGGGUGAGGACGAUUACCUUGAUUUGAAUUGGCUCUCUACUACUGAUAAUGUAUGCGAGGAAGAUAUUUUUCAGAGGUAUCUUGCAACAACUUCAGUCAAUGAGACCAAUGGAUGGUAUGGUGGUGGCCUCUUGAACGAUCAAGAUGAAAGCAGCAAACUGUAUAAGCACUAUGCCGAAUGUUGUGAAGGACCAGCUUCAGAGCCCUUCCAAAACAAUCCAGAGAGAGAGAAACACUACUCGGAUGCUCUGGACAUGAUGGUGGUAGAGAGUGGGGAUAGUAUGAGUGUCGAAGAGGAGAUGGAGGCUGCCUUCCAAGAAUAUGAACUUAUUGGGAUGGACCUUGGCAUUUCUGCUACCUGUAGAUCUUUGGCUGGAGACCCCAGCAGAUUGACAAGAUGGAUAAUUGGAGAAGAGAAGGUUCCUGGGCAGAGGGUUUGUUGAUGUGAGAGAGAGAGAGAGAGAGAGAGAGCUCUUUUUCUUUUGUUUUUUAUUUCAUUUUCUACCUGGAUAAUCAGAUGAUAUUUGAAAGUAUAUGCUGUGUUCUAAGAGAUCUGGAUUGGCCAAUGUUGAUCCUGAAGAUGUUUUGUUCGUGAAGUAUGUACAGUACAAUACAUGAUUAUGCCUACAAUAAAAUGGGUUCCCACUUUUUAUGUUUAAA